AUGCAUGGAGCAGGCAAGGUGUGUGUGGGUGAGGACUAUCCUAAUCAAUUGUUGAAAUCAAUGUGGAUUUUCCAAGUCAACUGUUUUGGGAUACUUGCUGACAUGAAAUCAAUGCACCAAUACAGAGAAAAAGAAGAAGAAAAAGCGAUAUUCAUUCAGUCAUCCCAAAACCCAUUUCCACGUCCGGCAUUAGUAAAAAAAGCUCUUCUCUUUCUCGCUUGGGACUUUUUUGGAGAAGCUAUACUAUGGGGUAGUAUUGGUGAUACUAAUGGCGAUUUUUAUGGGAUUUUAGAAACCAAGAUUAGUUGUCUUUUGCAAUGUACAUACUUGCUUAUCAUAACUGGAAUACACGCAAUUUUCCCUCGUCCCUCUGAAGGACACAAAGAUCUUUUGUUUAAGAUGACCAAUAUGGAGGAAUACAUGGCCAAUUUACCUGCGACGGAAAAUCCCAGACAUCUGCCUAUGUUUCUCUUGGUCGCGCUCUUAUUGCUGCUGGUCCCCAAUUAUAGAACCCCUGCUGUCAUCAUCCUUGAAGUCAGGCGCAACAAUACAGACAAGGCCUUUAAAUUGAUUCGGUGGUACAUGUGGAAUGACAACCUCAAUUCGAGUGAUCCUAUCCUUGUCCGUGCAAACGAGGCGAGGUUGAAGUGUACGACCGAUGUCCACUUUAACAAAAGUCCCGAAAAAGAGACCGUUGCCAAUCUCCUUGGUUACCUAGUCCCAAAGUUUCUUUGGGAGGGAAUAAGAAAAAGCGAGCUCCAAAAAAUGCUUCACACAAACUUCCAUAGCAGAGUUUUCAAGGUGAAAGAAGAUGCUAUGGUGAGAGCUGUUACCAAUAUUUGA